CAAACUCUUUUACAAAAUGAAGUGAAAACUCGACCUAUAAAUAAAGUCUUGUGAAAAUGAAGUGAAAACAAUGUUGUAAUUAAGAAAAACAAAAACAUGGCAGCUUCAUCGUCAUCACCUGAUCAUCAUGUGGUUCUCUUCCCUUACAUGUCAAAGGGCCACACCAUCCCUCUCCUCCAAUUCGCCCGCCUCAUCCUCCGUCACCGCCGUGUCAUAUCCGGCUCCGAUGACGGUGAAGGACCAAGCAUUUCCGUCACCGUCUUCACCACCCCAAAAAACCAACCUUUCGUCUCAAACUUCCUCUCCGACGUCACAAUCACAUCAUCAUCUAUCAAUAUAAUCUCCCUCCCUUUCCCGGAAAACAUCACCGGAAUACCUCCCGGCGUUGAGAGCACCGACAAGCUCCCAUCAAUGUCGUUCUACGUGCCCUUCACGCGCGCAACUAAAUACCUCCAGCCUUUCUUCGAAGAAACGCUUCAGGAUCUUCCAAAAGUUUCGUUUAUGGUCUCCGAUAGAUUCCUAUGGUGGACAUCGGAAUCCGCCGCGAGAUUCGAGAUCCCGAGACUUGCCUUCUUCGGCAUGAACUCUUACGCACCGGCUCUCUUCUCCUCUGUUUUGGUACACCAACUCUUUACUAAACCGGAAAUUGUUAAAUCUGAUACCGAACCGGUUACUGUACCGGAUUUUCCAUGGAUCUUGGUUAAGAAAUGCGAUUUCCCAUCGAUUUUCACCGAUCCGGAUCAAUCAGGUCCAGAUUUCGAGCUAUUCAUGGACCAAACUGUGUCCACGAAGAAAAGUCAUGGAGUUAUAGUGAACAGCUUUUACGAGCUAGAGUCAACGUUCGUUGACUUCGGGAUGCGUGCUAAAGAUGAGCCCAAGCCGUGGUGUGUUGGGCCUUUGUGUUUAGUAGAUACUCCUAAACCGGACAGUGAUAAACCGAGUUGGAUUCAUUGGUUAGACCGGAAGCGAGUGGAAGGACGUCCAGUUUUGUAUGUGGCGUUUGGAACGCAGGCGGAGAUAUCUAACGAGCAGCUCAAGGAAAUAGUAUUUGGGUUGCUGGAUUCCAAGGUAAACUUCUUGUGGGUCACUAGAAAAGACGUGGAAGAAGUGAUCAAGGGAGAGUUAGGGUUGGAAAAGAGAGGGAGAGAGCGUGGGAUGAUUGUGAGAGAUUGGGUGGACCAAUGGGAGAUACUGUCGCAUGAAAGUGUGAAAGGGUUUUUGAGCCAUUGUGGAUGGAACUCGGCGCAAGAAAGUAUUUGUGCCGGGAUUCCACUGCUUGCUUGGCCAAUGAUGGCCGAGCAGCCGCUCAAUGCAAGGUUGGUUGUGGAGGAGCUUAAGAUCGGACUAAGAAUCGAGACAGAAGAUGGAAGUGUCAAAGGGCUCGUGACAAGAGAAGAACUCAGUCGAAAGGUUAAAAUAUUGAUGGAAGAAGAAAUGGGAAAGACUGCGAGGAAGAAUGUGAAAGAGUAUGCAGAAAUGGCGAAAAAAGCUUUGGCUCCAGGGACUGGUUCGUCUUGGAAGAAUUUAAAUUCGCUUCUUGAAGAGCUAUGCAACAGUAAAGAGACAAAUAGGAAACUGUCCAGUGAUGAACAGAGAGAUUGAAGAAUGGUUAACCGAACCUCGACCAAAUUUUAAUCACUCAAAAUGUCUGUCUUAGUUGGCCAAGUACUAUAAUAGUACAAGAAUAGAGGAUAUAAUGUAAUACCGGAGGUCCGGAAUUCUAGUUUUUGAGUUUGGUUUUAGUUAACUAUAGAUU